AUGACUACUGUGUCGUGCAAGAUAGACACUGCUCAUACUGAUAUUAUACAUGACGCACAACUGAACUACUUUGGAAAUCGCCUUGCAACAUGUUCCAGUGAUCGACUUGUGAAGAUUUUUGAGGUGAAAGCUAAUGGUUACAUCGUUCCCAUAGCAGAACUUGCUGGCCAUUCUGGGCCUGUGUGGCAGUUGUCUUGGGCCCACCCAGAUUUUGGCGCACUGCUAGCUUCAGCUGGUUAUGACAGAAGAGUUAUCAUAUGGUCGGAUACCACCGGUCGAUGGCAGAAAUCACAUGAAUGGAUGGGCCAUGAAGCUAGCGUACAUUCUGUGUCAUUCGCACCCCACCAGCUAGGACUUCUCCUUGCAACUGGCUCGGCUGACUGCACGAUAGGAAUACUUGAAUUUAACGCUCAAAGUGCGCAAUGGGUGGAGUCUAAAAUUCCCAAAGCGCAUGAGCAGGGUGUAAACGCAAUUUCUUGGUGUCCUGUCCAGCGAACUAUUGGAGAAGGCGGUGACCAACCACUUCGAAAAAGACUAGCGUCCUGUGGCAAUGACAAACUUGUCAAGAUCUGGGUUGUUGAUGAGAAAGGAGAGUGGACGGUGGAAAAACAGUUAGCUGGACAUUCUGACUACGUACGAGACGUUGCUUGGUGUCCUGUUAUCAGUCACUCUACAUACACCAUUGCAAGCUGCGGAAUGGAUCAAGCUGUAAUUCUCUGGAGGUGCGGUGAAAGCGGGGAGUGGACUGCAAAGCUCUUGGAAAAGACCGAUGGAGUAUUAUGGCAUGUGAGUUGGUCGAUGUGUGGCACAAUUUUGUCUGUUAGCGGUGAAGACAACAAGAUCACGUUGUGGAAGGAAAAUCUCCAAGGACAGUGGCACAAAAUGGAAGAUAACGAUAAAGCGUGA